GUUUAUUCAUUCAAAUUACCUAUUCCGGAAUUCAAACAGCCGAACGAAGCUGAUUCAUUUGUGUGAAAUCGAGGUGGUGCGGCACUGGACAGCCACGGUCAGUUGUCUUCCUUGUUUGGAGAAGGCAGGGCGCAGCAGCGGCACUUCAUUAAGUGGCAUCCAUCUUAAUACGGUGAUGGAGUGUGUUAUAUGCCAGGACCACUUUAAUGCAGAUUCCAAGGUACCUCGUGUACUGUCCUGUGGGCACACGGCUUGUGCUCAGUGCGUGAAGCUGAUGUUGAUCCACUCGACAGGAGGCACCCUCGUUUGUGUCGUGUGCAAACUGCCUCACUACGCUCUAGUUGUGAGUCCCUUACAAGUGCCGUAUAACUUUGCACUUCUGGACAUCAUGUUUGCCUAUGUGAGGGGAAGCACCGCCGUGCAGGGGAGAGGCGGUGGUGUCAUGAUGGUCCCUAGCGCCCAUGGAGUCCCGGAGGGCUUCGGUUACGUCGCUCCUGACAAUCCACCAGCGGGAGGUCACUUGCAAGUUCUCCCUGGAGGUACUCCUCCUCCUCUUGUGGCUGCCCAUGGACGUGGUGGUGUGGUUACGGAGUUCUCUGCCGAAAGGGGGAGGGCCAGGGGGAGGGCCAGGGGGAGGGCCAGGGGAGGGGCCAGGGGAGGAGCCAGAGGAGGAGCCAGGGGAGGAGGACCCCAUGGCCGAGGGCCACCAGUGCCCCCUAGAGGCCCUCUUCUACCAACUCCGUUGACGCCUAUUGAACAAAUACGGGCAGCUGCAGAAGAUACGCCUUCUCCACACUCUUCAUCCACUUCCUCUUCAGACGAUUAUUAUGAUGAUGAAGACGAGGAUGUGGUUCUGUGUCCCAACAGGCACCGCCAGCUGAACGCCCCUAGGGCCAUUGGUAACAAGUUCAGGGUGACGCUCCAGCAGUCCCCAGGCAUGGUGUGGUAUGGCGGACAACUCAUGGAUGGCAACAAGAUGACCUUUGCCUUCAACGACCCGAACAGAGAGGGUGCAACCGCCCAGGCCGACGAUCUUGAGGAUCCAGAUGAAGACGCGAUAUUUGAUUACGUGCCCAUCUUGGGGCCGAAGACGUAUCGCCGCUAGUUGUCUCUGGACGAUAGUUUGAGGCGGCUGUUUUAGUCUUGACAUUUUUAAGGCAAAUCUUAGAUUGUUCUAUAUUGCAUAUUUUAAUGACUACGGUCUAUUUUGCCUAUUUCAAUGACUACGGUCUGUUGCCUAUUUUAAGGACUACUUAGGUUUUUAGUCUUCACAUUUUUAAAGGCAAAUCUUGUUCUAAUUGCCUAUUAUAAGGACUAUAUGUUGCUAAUGACUACUGUUCUUUCAUAUUGAUCGUACAUAUGAUUGUAAUGAGUGUUCUGUAUUCCAUAAUGAUAGUACUAAGGAGCAUGUAAUGAGUGUUAUUGAUCGUACAUAUGAUUAUAAUGUUCUGUAUUCCAUAAUAGUACUAAGGAGCAUGUAGUGAGUGUUUUGUAUUGUCUUGUGUUGUGACAAUACUAGUUUGACAAAACUUAUGACUACCAUGUACCAUACCAUACCAUAAUCUAGAAGUAACUUUCUUAGAGUAAUAUGACCCGACUUGGGUAAAUGGCUCUAUUACUGUCAGUGCAUAGCAUUGUAACUGAUCAGUCACGAGCUGCCCAGUAAAUGCAUGAUUUUAUCCUA